UCAUGUAAAUAAUUCUGACUUAAUAAUAAACUGAGGAUUUCCUCUUCAGAAGAGACCAGGAUCAUGGGUCGGCCACAGCUUGAGUCUCAGCAGAGCUCCAAAUACCUGCAGCUCUGUAGGCCCCAUACCUCCGUCCUACAGCCUCCUCAGGUGUGCUAUGAGGUUUACCUGUAAAUCAGAGCUGAGCGCUGACGCCCCACGAGGGAGCUGACAACAAGUCAGACCGGUUCUGCAGCCCAGGAUCCGGCCUCAGCAUCCAGACACACCAGCUUUUCUCUGCAGACCCAGGACAGGUGGCAGAGAGGCUCACAUGGCUCCUGAGCAACAGCUCAGACGGACACACAGACAGAAACCUCAGACUGUGGACGGAGUGGAUCCUGAUCCUGAGAGAUUAACUUGGACAUUAGUGAGUUAAGGUUUUUAUUCAGCUCUUGGAUGAACUGAGGGAUGAUCUGAACAUGUGCGCUGCAUGAAAACCAAAGGUAACCAGGUUUUCUUUGGUGAGGGUAAAUAAUCUGGACUCUAUCUCAUGUUCUGGAUCUGUUUUCAUGCUGAGACAUGGUGGACCUGACGUGAGCAGACCAGUUUCUCCUUUUGCUCUGGAACUGAAGGCUGUGGUCAUGAGACGGAGAUGGGCCGUGAGUCUGCUGUGGAUGAUGAUGCUCGUCCUGCUGGACUUAAACAACGACUCAGAGUAUGGACUCAUUGUGUCGGCAGGUGUUUGGAUGCUGCCGGCUCCCAGCAGAGUCUCCAUGGAGUCUGUAGACAUGAGACACACACUGACGUGGCUCCCCCUGCAGGCUUCAUGCAACACUACCAUCCUCUACUCGGUCCAGUUCCAGGGGGAGUUCGAGCUGACGGUCCUGAACGGCAGCUGGGUGGACGCUCCCGAGUGCCACAGGACUCCUCACACGCACUGCGACCUGACCUUUGACCUGGGCUCCGACUCCGACUACAACCUCCACGUCAGAGCGCAGUGCGGGUCGCAGCUCUCAGCCUGGACCCGACUCAGCCGACCCUUCAACCGCAGAGACACCGUCCUGACGGUGCCGGACAUGACGCUGUCGGCGGUGGGGAACGCCCUCCAGGUGUCUUUUGACAAACUUCCUCUGACUGCUGUCGUCAGAGUGACGGUGUGGAAGAGAGGAGACGAGCUGCAGGCCUCUGUCCACACGCUGCCAGCUGAGCAGAAGGUGCUGCAUGUCGCCGCCCUGCAGGAGGGAGCAGUGUACUGCGUCAGAGCUCAGACCGUCCUGGACACACAGCUGCAGAGCAGCAGCACUGACGCCCACUGUGUGUCCAUCACAGGUCCAGACGCUGCGUGGAAGAGGCCGACCACUGUGACGGUGACUGUCAUCAUCAUGGCCGGUCUCCUGUUCGCUGUCUUCUGGUCCAUCAUCCACUGUCGUCCAGAUACCUGCCAGAAAUACUUCCAUAAAGAGACACUGCCCCAGUCACUGAGACCUGUUGGGGACAUUCAGGUCCUGAUGAGGCGUCAGGAGGAGGAGCGAUGUGAGCAGAUCGACGUCACUUCACAUGUGGACGACCACAGCAGCAGACGUCCAUUCACUGAGGACUCUGUGGAGUAAAUGUUUGUCCUCGGCCUUGGAGUUUGUGCUGCAUUCAAAUGCUGUGGGAAAAACUGGAGCAAGAAGGAGAAACAAAAGGAAACAGUGUAAAAAGCCCAGAGACAGUGAUCUGCUCUGGAGGGAGGUCACAUCAGACCAGUUCAGCUGUAACCUGCAGACCAGCAUGACGUCUGGUUUGAUGAGAACAUAUCCAAAGAUGAUGUGUUUACAGUAAAAUUCACAUGGGGGUCAUGAUGUCUGUUGCUUCAUUGACCUUGUGUGUUGUAAAACAUCAAACAGGAUUUAGUGAAAUGCUCAGAAGAUAUUUCAUUGACUACACAGAGAGACUGGAUCCUGAACCAGCAGAGAGAAGAACCAGAGUCACAGGGACACAAGACACUGGAAAACUGUUUCUAUGAAGAUGUAUAUAAACAUGUCUGAAAACCUACGCAGAGAAAGGUGUUCCAAAUCUCAACAUAGCAAGGAGAUUGGUUUAUCUAACUUCUGUUGGCAGAGUGGAACUGAAAAAAAAGGUUUUAAAUACACACAAGUAAAAAUAACUUGGCUAAGUAAAUGUCUCUUCAUGAUCUCCCUGCAUGUUCGUCUAUCUGCACUUCAUAACAGCAUGUUUCAGCUUUUAGUCUUCAGCUAUCAUACUCCAGAAAUCUGUUACUGUUGAGCCAUAAUUCCUGUUUAUCAUCUCCAAGAGGAAUCAUAUUGUGAUGAUAUGAUGUUAACAUGUUGUUAUUCUACAAAUGUCUGUAGUUUAAAUAAAGAUUCAGAGCAACCUGUA